UGAUACAACCCUGCAAGCAUUCCUAAAUGGUGACAAGCUGUCAAACUUCGUUUUUGCAGAGCGAAGAUUACGUAAAAGAGAAAAACAAAAUUUCGGCCACUGUCUCGUCUGUUUUUCGUCGGCAGCACAGGUUUGGAUCGCGAUCAUGCUGAGGCUUGCCAUCAAGACCGGCCUGGCCGGAAGUGCCGUGUACUACUCCCGUGAGGAGGGAAUCUGGAACGAAAACACCGACCAAGUGUACGAGCGCUACUCGAACGCACUGCAGCCACAUCUCGCGUCGGUAAAGCAGCAGAUUCCCGUCGAGGUUCCAGCACUGCCCACGACCGGUGAGGUAUGUUUCUUGACCAAGCACUACUGGAAUGAAGGUGUGAAGGGUUCGAUUUACUUCAUCCACCGUCUGCCAUGCUAUCUGGGCCAAUGGACCAAACAGGCUACCGAUGCGAUCAAAAAGGCAACGAACCCUCCUCCUCCAGUGGACAGUGCACCAGUUGCCGCUGCAUCCGCGGCCACCAAAAUAUAGUCACCUGCGGUGAAAUGAGAUGUUGACCGUCAGUAUAUGAUAUGGGUAUCUGUUUGAAACGGAAUAAAAUGCUGGUUAAUUAUCAAUUCA